UGCUGUGUGUGUGUUUGAUGUGUGCAUGCGUAAGUGUGCGUAUGCGUGCAGAGAGAGCGUCAGUGCGCACCAGCACCAACCACCAACCCGCCUGGCAGCUGUGUUGCUCGGCUGUGAUUGGGCGGAGGAGGGCGGUGAUUCCUUCUGUCUGUCACGAUCCGGAGGACACCGACCGUCUGAGUCCAGCAGCCUUUUACCCGAGGUAGUCACCAGAGGAGACGGUGCACAGGAGAGGUGGACGCAUGAGGUGUCUGGUCUGACGGUGAGGAGAGAGGAAGAGGAGAGGAAGAGGAGAGAGGAUCUUCAGUGCUGGAGCGACCCAGCAGCUUUUUCUUCUGCAAGGGGCUGCGGUAAAAAGUGGUUCACGAUGCCGGUGUUUCAUACCAAGACCAUCGAGAGUAUCCUGGAGCCGGUGGCCCAGCAGAUCUCCCACCUGGUCAUCAUGCACGAGGAAGGUGAGGUGGACGGUAAAGCCAUCCCGGACCUCACGGUGCCGGUGGCUGCGGUGCAGGCGGCGGUCAGCAACCUAGUGCGGGUGGGGAAGGAGACUGUUCAAACCACCGAGGACCAGGUGAUGAAGAGAGACAUGCCUCCUGCGUUCAUUAAGGUGGAGAACUCGAGCUCUAAGCUCGUCCAGGCGGCUCAGAUGCUAAAGGCAGAUCCAUACUCUGUUCCAGCACGAGAUUACCUGAUCGACGGAUCCAGAGGGAUACUGUCUGGAACGUCCGACCUGCUCCUUACCUUUGACGAGGCAGAGGUGCGUAAGAUAAUUCGAGUGUGUAAAGGUAUCCUAGAGUAUCUGACAGUAGCGGAGGUGGUGGAGACCAUGGAGGACCUCAUCACUUACACCAAGAACCUGGGACCAGGGAUGACCAAAAUGUCAAAGAUGAUUGAGGAGAGGCAGCAGGAGCUGACGCACCAAGAACACAGACAGAUGCUCGUCAACGCCAUGAACACUGUCAAAGAGCUGCUGCCUGUUCUUAUAUCGGCCAUCAAGAUUUUUGUCGCAACCAAGAGCAGUCGAGGUGCCGGCGUUGAGGAGGCCGAGAGGAACAGGAAGUUCACCUUUGAGAAGAUGAGCGCUGAGAUCAACGAGAUCAUAAGAGUCUUACAGCUCACCACGUGGGAUGAGGAUGCCUGGGCCAAUAAGAAGGAUAUGGAGGCUUUGAAGAGAUAUCUGGCUUUGAUUGAGUCUAAGAUGGCACAGGCUAAAAGCUGGCUCAAAGACCCACAUGGACAACCAGGAGACCCCGGCGAGGUCGCCCUGCGUGUGAUACUGGACGAAGCUGGUAAGGUGGGCGAGCUGUGUGCUGGGAAGGAGAGGAAAGAUAUACUGGCAACCACCAAGGCUCUGGGACAAAUGACUGACCAGAUUGCAGAUCUACGAGCCAGAGGCCAGGGCCCGACCCCGGGGUGUGUGCAGCGGGCAGGCCAGUGCUCGCAGGGCUUAGACUUGUUGUUUGGCAAAGUGGACGGUGCUGCUCGCAGAUUGGAGGCUCUAAUCAAUGCCAAGCAGGCCAUCGCCAGGAGGCUGGACGCUGCACAGGCCUGGCUGGCCGAUCCUAACGGCGGUCCUGAGGGGGAGGAGAACAUCAGAGCGCUACUAGCAGAGGCCAAACGCAUCGCCGAUCUAUGUGAAGACCCCAAAGAGAGGGGCGACAUCCUGCGCUCCAUCGGCGAGAUCGCAGGCCUCACCGCCAGACUCAUGGAGCUACGCAGACAGCUCAAACUGCAACCUCACAUCACCAAUAGGUGGCAUGUUUUACCUGCCUGGAAAAUAUGUUGUUGCCUGUCAACCCUGGGCAUCAGUCCUACGAUAAGGGGUAAAGGUGACAGCCCGGAGGCUCGUGCGCUGGCAAAGCAGAUCGGCGGGGCGCUGCUGACACUGCAGUCCAAAACCAACCGGGCCGUGGCCAACAUGAGACCGACCAAACCUGCCGUCACCUUGGAGGGCAAGAUGGAGCAGGCCCUCCGCUGGGUGAACAACCCCGGAGUGGACGACAGAGGAGUAGGUCAGGCAGCAAUCAGAGGGAUGGUUGGAGAAGGGAAGCGGCUGGCAGGAGGCCUGUUAGGCCCGUAUCGGCAGGAUAUGAUUGGACGCUGCGACCGGGCAGAGUUCCUAAUGACAUCCUUGGCAGACAUGGCCAACAGGGGCGAGGCUGAGGCUCCUCAUGCACGAGCUACAGCCGCACAACUGCAGGACAGCCUUAAGGACCUGAGGCAGCACAUGCAGGAGGUGAUGACCCAGGAAGUAUCCGAUGUUUUCAGUGACACCACCACGCCUAUCAAACUGCUGGCUGUGGCUGCAACUGCUCCCGCCGAUGCCCCCAACAGAGAGGAGGUUUUUGAUGAGCGUGCAGGGAACUUCGAGGCCCACGCAGGCCGGCUGGGGGCGACCGCGGAGAAGGCUGCUGCAGUGGGAUCGGCCAAUAAGACCACAGUAGAGGGGAUACAUGUUGCUGUGAAACAUGCCAGGGAUCUCACACCACAGGUGACCUCUGCUGCUCGGAUCUUGUUGAAGAAUCCUGGAAAUAAAGCAGCGUACGAGCACUUUGACACCAUGAAGAACCAGUGGAUUGACAAUGUGGAGAAACUCACUGGUCUGGUGGACGAAGCCAUCGACACCAAAUCUCUGUUAGAUGCCUCCGAGGAGGCUAUAAAGAAAGACAUCGACAAGUGCCGAGUUGCCAUGGCGAAUGUUCAGCCCCAAAUGCUUGUUGCCGGGGCGACGAGCAUAGCGAGACGAGCCAAUCGGGUCCUGUUGGUGGCUAAGAGGGAAGUGGAGAACUCUGAAGAUCCGCGGUUCAGAGACACAGUGAAAAACGCGUCAGACAGCCUCUCCCACACCAUCUCCCCCAUGGUGAUGGAUGCUAAAGCUGUGGCUGGGAACAUACAGGAUAAAGCUCUGCAGAAGGCCUAUUUGGACUCGUGUCUGAGGAUCCUGGGUGCAGUCGGAAAAGUUAGAGAAGCCUUCCAACCUCAGGAGCCCGACUUCCCUCCUCCACCACCUGACCUGGACCAGCUCCAGCUCCAUGUUGCUGAUGAGCAGGCGCCACCCAAGCCCCCCUUGCCAGAGGGCGAGGUGCCCCCGCCUCGGCCCCCUCCUCCAGAGGAGAAGGACGAAGAGUUCCCAGAGCAGAAGGUCGGAGAGGUGCUUAGCGAGCCCAUGAUGGUGGCGGCCAGGCAGCUGCACGACGAAGCACGCAAGUGGUCAAGCAAGUCCCCCCCAAAGCCCACCCAGCAUGAGGAUGAGGAGGCAGUAGAGGAGAGAGAGGUAGAUGAUGAAGAUGAGUUUACUGAUGGUGAGGAUGACUAUGAGCCAGAACUGCUGAUGAUGCCCUCCAACCAGCCUGUCAAUCAACCCAUUCUGGCAGCUGCCCAGGCUCUCCACCAGGAGGCGCGAAAGUGGUCCAGCAAGGGUAAUGACAUCAUAGCAGCAGCCAAGCGGAUGGCUCUGCUGAUGGCAGAAAUGUCUCGGCUGGUGCGCGGUGGAAGCGGGAACAAGCGAGCGCUGAUUCAGUGUGCUAAGGACAUCGCCAAGGCCUCAGAUGAGGUGACGAGACUGGCAAAGGAAGUGGCCAAGCAGUGCACUGACAGACGCAUCAGAACUAACCUGCUGCAGGUGUGUGAACGAAUCCCUACCAUCAGCACUCAGCUGAAGAUCCUCUCCACUGUCAAAGCCACCAUGCUGGGACGAACAAACAUUAGUGAAGAGGAGUCGGAGCAGGCCACAGACAUGUUGGUCCAUAACGCCCAGAAUCUGAUGCAGUCGGUGAAGGAGACCGUCAGAGAAGCAGAAGCAGCCUCCAUCAAGAUCCGCACAGACUCGGGAUGCACCCUCCGCUGGGUGCGCAAGACCCCCUGGUACCAAUAAACUGAAACCAGUAACACUCUUCACUUUGCACCGAUAGCACACACCUCGGGUAAAAGUAGCAAUGUGCAAACUCAUCAUGAGUAAACAUGUGCACUUCUUCGAAGAGGAAACCGAUGGUGACGUGGUGUUAACCACAUUAGAACCAUUGUACCAAGCAGGUUUCAUUUAUUGGAGUGAGUUCAGCUUUGCUCUCCAGUUCUCUUUAUCUGUAACAGGCUAAUCUGAGACAGUUUUUAAUAUAUAUUUUUGGUAUGUUGUGUUUCAAGAGUUUAUCCAAAUCCCAGGUAUAUAUUUUUUGCAUGAAAUUUGUUUUCUAUUUUCUAAAAGGCAAAUUAUGACAUUAUCUCCUAGAGAACAUUUACUUUUAAUUCAGUUUUUUUUCAGUGAGUUUCUUAUGUCUAUUGUAUAUACAGUAAUUAUUUGACACUCAUCUAUGAGCUUUAUACACGGAGUUUGACACUAAAGUGUGGAGUCUUGUGUGGGCUGACGAGCUCUCCUCUCUUCAUGUUUACUUUUAGUAAUAACACUGCUCUUAACUGAAGAUCUAUGAAUUCAAAGGUGAUAGGUCAUCACUGCUGUCUGGUGAUGUUUAUACUUGAAGAACUAAAAGGUCUUCUGGAUUAAAAGUGUUAGGACUUAUAGGCAAAUGAUAGUCAAACGUGAUUGUAUUAUUUUUAAAAAAAAAUGUACGAUUGUCAAUAAAUAAUGAAUAAUGUUGAUGGCAGGAAAGUUAAGAGAUGAGAGGGUUUCACAUUGCAGUAUGAGUGACAGGUAAAAGUCGAGGAGAGUUGAGAUGAUGUUAACGGGUGCUUUGAACUCUUCGUUGUAACUUUAUUUAACUUUAACAUUGAACAAUGCCAAAGGAUUUGUUUUACGUUACUGUAAACUUCAUCUUAACACUUAGAAUCCAGGUUAUUACAAACAAUGAGACAGACUAUUUUCUUUAGAGUACUUUUUGAGGUCUGUUAUUUUUUUAGCAAAAAAAAGAGAGAAUGUUCGAUCUUUUUUUAAUUGUAGUGCUUUAUUUCUGCACUAUUUCUGUAACAGUUGAACUGUUUGGAUAUUUUAUUCAAAAUUGAUCAAAACCAAUGAUUUUAGACCGCCAUUCAGCAUUUCUCCAUGUGUGAGCUCAGCGGUCCCAGUCUGAAUGCUCUGAUGCACAGAUUUUCUAGACGACCCCGGUGGUUUGAGGAUAAAGACGACCUCUUUAUGUGAUAUCAGGCGUUGAUGCCAGUCUAGGUUCUUCUAGGUGUAGGUGUUUUUUGUCUGGAGUAAUUACGCAGCAGUUUAAGGCUCAAUAUCAAUAAUAAAUGCAAUCAGAUCAACGAAAACAUACGUUCAUUCCCUUAACAGUAUUUCAUCAAGUUUCAUUACACAUUUUUUACAAUGGCUGGGCAAAUGUAACUACUAAAUGGGGAAUCUGUAUGUAUGUGUGUGUGUGUGUAUGUGUGAAGCCUCUUCACUUAAUCAGUAUUAGUGCGCCGUCCCCAUGAUGGUUAGAGACAGAGCUCUAAAUGUUAACCGCAUUUUCAUCUUUAUUUGGGCUUACGGAGCAUGUAGCAGUCACUGGCCUCUCACUGAGAGCGACAGGGUGUACUUCUGUGUGUACUUGAUGUGUUCAUUCACACCCUGAAUGUAUUUCUGAUAGCUUCUCGCCCUGCCAACACAUCUGCUGUGCCUUGGAAGAAUAAAAGAGUAUAAUAAUGA